UCUCUGUAGCUCAGUUUAUAGUAAGGAAAAUUUUUGUUCGCUUUUUGAUGACUUUUCGAAUGAAAACAUUGUGUGUGAGAUGGGAAUAAGAAAAUUUAUUGGAAAUGAAACCAUGGCUUUCACUGUUUUGUGCAUUUUAGCAGUCUUUGCUGGACUUACCCCUGUUAACACACUGAAUGGAACGACAGACCACACUACAAGCACCCAGUCUGUAACAACACAGACUCAAGACUCUGAUGAUUUUGAUUGUUUUCAAACUACGUCUUCUGCGUACAAUGGCACCACAAAUCACACAAUAUCUGGGCACACAUGUCAAAGGUGGGAUGUGACAACUCCCAAUGAUCAUAGUUUCACCGUUUCUACGGCGUUUCCGGAAGGUUCUUCUACUACUGCUGAGAACUAUUGCCGAGAUCCAGAUGGUACUGGAACACCUUGGUGUUACUCACUCAAAAAUGGCAUAAGAUGGGAAGAAUGUGGUAUUACAAAAUGUGGAGGUAGAUCGAAGUAUAAGUAGCUUUAAGCGCGUAUGUAACAAAAACGUUUAGUCUUGCUCCCGCUUUAACUUUAUAUAUUUACAUUCACCUUGCAUUUUGUAUGGAAAGAAAAAGAAAUGUUUAUUUUCGUAUAAACA